AUUUUCCCAUAUCCUGCCUUCCCUUCCCUUCCCUUCCUUCAACGCGGUGUCUCCGCCCUUGUUACGUAAUUUAUUCAACAACUCAACCAGCUUCAUCCUAUAUAUACACACCCACCCGAGUUAACUCCUCACAGAUUUUUGACAUUUACAUUAUUUCGAGUCAUUUUCUGAGCUUUUUUUGUGGAAAAAAUGAGUAACUACAACCAGAAUCAGCCCCAGGUAUAUCCUCCGCCAGGUACUGCAGAGCCACAGGGUGUUCCAUAUAUGGCUCCACCACCGCCGGCCGGUUACCCCAUGAAAGAUGGUCAUGGCCAACCACCAAUUGAUCCGGCACCGGCAGAAACUCAGUCGAGAGGUGAUGGCUUCUGGAAGGGAUGUUGCGCUGCCUUGUGUUGCUGCUGUGUGUUGGACGCAUGUUUCUGAGAAGUGUGACUCAUUGUCUAGUUGCCCUCUAUGAAAAGGCAGCACAAAAAUUGUUUAAUCCGAUUUUUUUUUUUUUAUUUACAUAUCAGUGAUUUGUUUCCUGGAAUAAGCACUUUCUGACUUUCUUCUCUUGUUGAUUUUAUUUUAUUUUUAUUUUUAUUUUUUGGUUGUCGUCAUAAUGUCUAAAAUCUAGUAACAUUGCCUUUUAUUUUCAUUUAAUGUAAAUGGUGCGAGCAUACUUUGCUUGGUUCAGUUCUCAUGUAAAUUUACGUUCCGUGAUAAUUUUGUUUUUCUUUUGUGAAUA